AUGGGGAGCCCUGGUUCGGUUGUGAAUGCCAUGUCCUGUCCUGGUGACAGGGAAACAAUGUUGGUGAAUGUCGACGGUAUCCGAGUGCUCCGUGCGCUUCUGGGAGCGGGUGGAGGCGGAAGCCCGCAUGUCCUACUGCGCCCCAGCGAUAGGGCUCUAUCUGUGGCCAGCGCACCGCCUCUGAGCUAUUUCUGCUCGCCAUGGGCUCCGGUGAGUCUGGGCUGGCAGGUCGGACGAGCUCCUACCGCCGUCGGACCCAGAGCGGCUGGAGACCGGGCCGGCGCUCCGGGGCCCCGCGGGCCUCUCGGCCUGCCGUCUCACCGCGGCACUUCUUCUGCAGGGCUGCGCGGGGCGUUGCACCUGCUGCUUCUGCUGCAAGCGCUGCGGGGCCGGGCCGCAGCGGGCUGCCCCGCGCCGUGCAGCUGCGCGGGGACGCGCGUGGACUGCGGGCGUCGCGGGCUGACGUGGGCCUCUCUGCCAGCCGCCUUCCCGCCGGGCACCACCGAGCUGGUGCUGACCGGGAACAAUCUCACGGCGCUCCCGCCGGGGCUGCUGGAUGCGCUGCCCGCGCUGCGCGCCGCGCACCUGGCCGCCAACCCCUGGCGCUGCGACUGCCCUGUGCACCCGGGCCCAUCAGAGCACACCCUGGGUGCCCUACACAGCACAGGGCUGUGA